GCGCUGAUAUGAUUACGGACUGUCGCUUCAACGGUGAAGAAUUUCCUUGCUGCGAAAAGUUUCGUAUGGUCGACUCGGAAUACGGAUAUUGCUUUUCUUUUAACACCUUACAGAGCGAGAGCUCUCGUGACGAGCCGCUGUAUGCUGUGAAUAGGUCGACUGGACCAGGACUUUUAACAUAUCGCCUUUUGUAUGAUGCCUAUAUCUCUGUGCACAGUCCAGAAGAGCUUUCAACAAACAACCUGGAUUUUAAGUUCAAAUUCGACGUAAAAGCUAGAUCAGAGAACCGAGUACAAUUCCUUUUCUCCAUGGUAGAGAUGGAGAACGACCCCAUGUUGCUGGCUGAGGGUAUCGACGUCAGACAUUGCAGGAACCUUGAAGAAGUACCUGAAAGAAAGUUCCAUACCUAUCCGGUAUAUUCUUACGGCGCUUGUCGUUUAGCGCAAGAGACAGAGCAUUUUUACGAACAUUGCGGAUGCAUUCAUCCUGCCCGUCACACUUCUUAUGAAACUAUGUACUGUAACUAUACAGGACUAAAUUGUGUAGUUGACGUUGAAGUCCAAAAACAAAAGUUGGGUGCUGACAAACAUGACAAUCAUGAUAAGACUUGUCUACCCUCAUGUGUUGAGAGUGAACUUACUACCAUACACAUUUCUAGGAAUUGGGUGAAUGAAGAAUACCAGGGUGCUUUGGUUAGUAUCCGCAUGGCGUCGUUGCCUACCCUGCGUUAUACGAGGAACCUGGUCCGGACCGAUUUGGAUUUUGUUGUGUCCAUAGGAGGUAUGGUCAGCCUGUUCACCGGUGCGUCGAUUUUAAGUAUUGUAGAAGUACUUUACCUCGUUUUUAGAUCUCCUAGAAGGAUGUAAAAAGUUAGACGAAUUUUAUCUGCUUUUGGUAUUUACUUUAAAAGCUUUAAGAAAAUAAGUUUAGAUAAGAAAUGAGAAUCAAACCAAGAGUUAGCUUUCACUUUUUUCUAUAACAGCUGUGAAUUAUUUAUAGUUAUUAUGAUAAACUAUCUAUAUUGUAUACCACACAAAAUAAACAUUUGCAGAAAGUAAAACCAGUUGGAGCAGCAUAAUUUAUGCAUUCUAAUCUCCAUCUUUAUCGUUAUUUAUUCAUAUACAGUAUACACUUAAG